GGUGUUGACGUGAUUUUUUAUCUUGGCGUAAACGUAUACGUUUGUAUCCCGCAUUUCUUCAAGAUGACCGACAACAAGAGAAAAGCUUCGGACACUGCUAUGGAUUCCUGUAAGAAACUGAAGGAGGUGGAAACUACUAAGAACACUGGUGUAAUAUUAGAAGAUGAGAUUCCGGAUGGAGUGUUUUACCUUGGAGACUGUGUUUUCGUGUUUCCUUCAACGUUCAACGGGCAUACAUCAGUCCAUAUUCGUCGCUACAAGAAAUAUGGUAAAAAGUUCUACCCAACACGCGAAGGUGUUACUAUCAGGCCAUCGCUAAUACCGAUCGUUAUACAGCGCCCCGAAAUACCACGAUCAAAGACCGAUCUCGAGUUCUUGCCAGAGAACGAAAUCACAAUUGAAAGUUCCGAUUUUCAAAAGUUUACCUUCACACAGAUCAAGAAAACACAUGACGGACAAUGUUUUUCCAAAUCCCUCAUCAUCACGGGAAGCCAAUGGAAACAGAUGAUAAAACAGUAUUGUGCUAUCUCUACGGCCGUUGCAGAUGAAGUUUAUUCGUCCAUAGACUUUUUUGAGGUGUACAAAAAUAUACAGGACCUACCUACAGAUGAAGAUCUGCCCAGUUCUCUGGAUGUAAGUCUUGGACAGCACUACCUUUUAGAUAUCCUUGAAAAGUCUUUUCGGAAACUCUUAACCACGAUGCCCGAUAGAUUUUUGAAAGAACCCGAAACGUGCGCCGAAGAAGUUAUUGGAAAUCGUAUAGAAACAUUCAACAAUAUAGCUUUGUUUCAGAACGUGCAAGAACUGGUACACAUUUUUUAUGAUAACUUGUGGGAACGUACACAAUUUCUAGCUCUGAGACCUCACGAUUACUUGACGCACAACUUUCUGAAAAACGUUUGUAUGAAAGAUGUCCUACAGAAAAGUAGGAAAUAUUUUUGUCCUGAAAAUGUGAGUGAGUACUUUGAAGAUUUAAUGUAAUGAAAUAUCUGUGUAAAUAUUUUAAAGGUGCCCUCGAAUAAAAAAAAAUUUUGUCAUGUUA